CACCCAACUUGGAGGGAGGGAGGGGGGCUGUCUGGAGGCAUAGGAAGGAGGCUGCCUGGGGGCAAAGGAAAGAGGCUGCCUGGGGGCAUUGUGGGGUGUAAGUGACACCCAGACCCCCAAGGCGGGGGCAACGACACCUAACCUGAAGGGAAGGAGGCUGCCUGGAGUCACCAUUGGGAAGAAGAUACACCCAGACAGCUUUUGGCAAUUAGGGGACAGGAGGUGUGACCAUGGACCCCCAAGGCGGACACUACCUGAACAAGGCGGCGGUGCUGUCUCCUCUAGGAGCGGCCCGUAUGCUCCAGCUCCUCCUGGGCUGCACCAUCAUAGCCCUGGUGGCCCACAGCGCUGGAUACAACCACGCCUAUGGUAUCUACUGCAUGUUUGUGUGGUGCUUCUGCUUCGCCAUGACCCUGCUGGUGUUCACCAUGGAUGUGACACGCCUCCCCUGCUGCAUGCCCAUUUCCUGGGACAACCUCACUGUGGCGUUCGCCAUGCUCGCCACACUCAUGUAUGUCGCCGCCUCCGUCGUCUACCCCGUCUACUUCCUGCGCUCUCAGUGCUCCAAGUCGGACGGGGGCUGCGAGGUGCGCAACUACCGCAUCGCUGUCACCGUGUGCUCCAGUUUCUGCUGCUUCGCCUAUGCGGCUGAGGUGUUCCUGACCCGGGCCAAACCCGGCCAUGUGGUGGGCUACAUGGCCACUAUGUCAGGCCUGCUCAAGGUGGUCCAGGCCUUCGUGGCCUGCAUUAUAUUCGGGGCCUUGGCCAACGGCAGCGAGUACAACCGCCACAUCCCCACUCAUUACUGCGUGGUGGUCUACAGCCUGUGCUUCUCCAUCACCGUGGUCGUGAUCGCUGUGACCGUGUCGGGAAAAGCCUCGGCUCUGCCCCUGCGUUUCCCCUUCGACCGCUUCGUGAUCAUCUACACGUUCCUGGCGACGUUGCUGUACCUGAGCGCCGCCCUGGUGUGGCCCAUCUUUAGCUUCGACAGGAAGUAUGGCACGCCGGGUCGCCCCGACGGCUGUCCCUGGGAGAACUGUCCCUGGGACAGCAAGCUGGUGGUGGCGGUGUUCACCCAUGUCAACAUGGUGCUGUACUUCAGCGACCUAAUCUACUCCCAGAGGAUCCGCUUUGUCUCCCACUCUGCUGCUUGAGGACCCUUCCCACCUUCCUCGCUCCACUCCGCUGCUUGAGGACCCCUUCACCCUGCACUCUGCUGCCUGAGGAUCCCUCCACCCUCCUCACUCCACUCCGCUGCUUGAGGACCCCUCCACC